CUGCGGCGGUAUCCGGGACUGCGAGCGGGCGGGCCACUCAGGACAGGAAGGUGGCUGGUUCUGAAAUGCCAAAGGCACCUGACUACUCAGAACUGAGUGACUCUUGCACGCUUGCAGGGGGAACAGGAAGAUUUUCGGGACCACUGCACAGAGCAUGGAGAAUGAUGAACUUCCGUCAGCGGAUGGGAUGGAUUGGAGUGGGACUGUAUUUGCUAGCAAGUGCAGCAGCGUUUUAUUAUGUUUUUGAGAUCAAUGAAACUUACAACAGGUUGGCUUUGGAACACAUUCAGCAGCACCCUGAGGAGCCUCGGGAAGGAACCACAUGGACACACUCCUUGAAAGCUCGAUUACUUUCCCUGCCCUUUUGGUUGUGGACAGUUAUUUUCUUGAUACCUUACAUACAGAUGUUUUUGUUCCUUUAUUCUUGUACCAGAGCGGAUCCCAAAACGGUGGGCUACUGUAUUAUCCCCAUAUGCUUGGCAGUUAUCUGCAAUCGUCACCAGGCAUUUGUCAAGGCUUCUAAUCAGAUCAGCAGACUACAACUGAUUGACACAUAAAACCCAUCACCGUUUUCCCUUAUUGCAAGACUGCCAGUACUGUAUAGUGGCUGACCACAAGACUGCAGUUUCUCCACAGGUCUCAGGAAGUUGUGGUGGAACAGAGACUUUGACUACUUUAUCUGAAUAAUGACUUUUUAGGUAAAGCCUGAAAUAUAGUACUACAGAAUCAUGUUGAUGACUUCAGAUUUUGGAAGUAAAAUAGUGGCUUGUAAUUUGCAGUCUUUAGAAACUUGAAUAAGUACCUGAAUUUUUUUUAUUUCUAUUCUAUGUGCAACAUAGUAUGAAUCAGAAAUUUUUCCGUUGGGGAAAACAAUGAAUAUUUCCAUUGUGUUAAAUGUAAAAAAGGUUUGACCAUGAUCAUAAAAUUUAAAUUUUAUACAA